GGCACAAGGACAGGGAAGUGUUGUUUUUUUAUCUCGGACUUGAAUUUGUUUUUGACCCUCUUUAAGGUCAGGGUCCUUGGAUUGCACCCUGUCGUUAACAGUUCUUAGAAGUACACAAAAACAAGCGUGUGCGUGUGUGUUGUGGACAGAGAGGCAGCUUUGUGUCGGGUUGUGGUUUGAGUUCUGCAGGGGGUGAAUAUCAAACAGGCCUGUAGUAGUGUGUGUGUGACGUGCUGUCUUGUUGUCUGUCAAUAAACUAUUGUCUUUUCUCUCUCUCUCCGGUGCAGGACCUCGUUAACCGUCAUCCCGUCUCGCUCAGAAACUACAGCUGCAGUUCUUGUAGUAUUUAGUUGCAGUAGUCAGCACUUCUACCUGUGAAACAUCAGAGGGGUUUUAGUCAGAGAGGUGACCUCUAAAGUGGAUUACAGCAGCUUUAAAGUCUUUAAAUUGAAGCAUUUUGAUGCUAAUGAGCCUGGAAAGACUAGCUUAGCUUGUUAGCUUGCAGGGGGUUCUACAUCCCUUAAUGUUUGUUGUCUGAAAUCUGACAAAACUGGCAGGGUAGCAGCUCCUUCACUGGGAAAAUCUCUAAAAGAAGGCUCUUAAAAAUGUAGAUUAUCUUAAUUAUUAAGCUACUUGCAGUUAUCAGAUAACAGCUAGUGCAGCAGUUCCAAACCAAACACUCUUCAGAAAACAAAUUCAGAUUUUGAAAGGAAAAUGUAGUUGGGACUUGGACCACAGUGAAGUGUUUGGCAAGCUAACGGCUUGUUAGCGGCUAGUGGUGAGCGUGCAGCGGUGGCGCGGGGCUAGCUCCGGGCAGAGCGGGGGUGCGAUGGAGUACCACUCUAGUGGCAGCCUGCCCCUGCUGGGGAGACCGCGGUACUGCCCCGGAGCUAACGCUAACGGAGGCUACCUGUGUGAGACGGGACACUGCUGCGGGGAGACCGGAUGCUGCACCUACUACUACGAACUCUGGUGGUUCUGGCUGCUGUGGACGGUCCUCAUCCUGUUCAGCUGCUGCUGUGCGUAUCGACACCGAAGAGCCAAACAGAGAGUCCAGCAGCAGCAGAGACAGCGAGAGAUCAGCCUGCUGGCGUAUCAUGGAGCCAACUCAUACCCAUCCUCCAUGCUGGACCUCAGUAAGACCCCGUCAGCCUGUGAUGACUUUCGUGGCCUAAAAACACAGAGAAGUUAUCGCAGAUUUAAAUUUAAAAAAUCAACAGAGCAACACAAUAAAACAGAUAAACUGCAAGUAAAUACAAUUGAAUAUAAAUAGUGCAGUAAUUGGGAUAUAA